UAGUGAGUGAGUCCGAUCAUGUCAGUGCAUAGUCCUGUAACUGAUAUUGGAAAAGUUGAUGAGGACUUACUACAAUCCAGCUCACCAAACGACCAAUAUAGCACAGAAUCUACCAGAAUAUUAUUUUUUGUCAAGUCUGUUCAGUUCAACUUGGGUAAAGUCACUUUGGAACAUUGUAAAAUACCUGGCAAUAGUGAAGCAAGUAGUUCUCAAUGGUGGACAGGAUUUUUGUGUUGUAUUCGUGCUAUUGAUUGUUCUUUUCUACUAUUUAGUCCCGAUGUUUACUUAUCUAACCAAGUUGCUCAUUACAAGUUGGAAGACUGGUUAGACUUGGAACACACUUUAGUGGUUCGUAUACAAAGUUUAUUGGCUUGCAUAGUCGAAGGAAAUAGUUUGGAGUUUAUUCUACAAGAUGGCACUCGCGGUCCCAUUUUUCGUUUUCGUCAAGUGAAAUCGCAGAAUUCUCUUUUGUGUGUAUUGCAAGAUGAGUUUCUGUUCUAUCCUUGUGACUUUUCUGAGAGUUCUCCAGUUGGUUUGUUCAUUCGUAAAGAACAGGAAUGGUUGGAAUGUCUACCUAACGAAGCUUCGAUUGUUUCUAGUAUAGCAGAGCAACAAGGUUAUAAUACUACGAAUAUUUCUAAUGACAGAGAAAAUGCGGAGUUUUCUGAGAGUCGAGCAAAGACUCGUUUUCUAUUUCCUAUGGAAAUUGCAGAACGUUUAGCUAAUAUAGCACGAAUCACUAGAGAAGCAAGGAAUGAAUUGUUUGAGAAGCUUGGUCGCUCACCCAAGUCUAGAAAUGAUGAGUUGUCAGAGUUGAGCUUGGAAAAGUUACAAAAGUGUGCUUGGCCUUUGGAUAUAAUGAACGAGUCUUUAUUGGAAGAAGAAGAGCAAGUAUCUUAUGCUGUUCGAACGUUGGAUAAAGAAGAAGACUUGCCUGAAUUUUUCAAAGAUGAAAUGAAAAGCUUUAUUCCACUUCGUUUGGAUACUCUAUAUUCUUAUCAAGAUGAAGAAGGAAGAAUAUUUUAUUCAACUCUAUUGGAAUAUAUUGUCUUUCGAUCUACUUGUCAUGAUUGCCAUGUAAGAAGACAAAUUUGGCCCUAUUUAUUGCAAAUAUUUCCAUGGCAUAGCAAUAGUCAACAACGACAAGCCAUACUUUUAGAAAAGACGAGACAAUAUCGAUUGUUAAAGAGUCAAUGGCAAAAUAUCAUUCCAGAACAGGAAUUGCAAUUCCGAGCAUUCCGUGAAAGGAGAGAUUUGAUUGAAAAGGAUGUGAUUCGUACGGAUCGAAAUAUUUCCAUUUAUGAAGAUAAUAAUAGUAUUGCUACUCAUAAGAUGAAGGAAAUAUUAUUGACUUAUUCAUUUUAUAACUUUGAUAUUGGAUAUUGUCAGGGAAUGAGCGAUAUAUUAUCUCCUAUUCUAUUUGUUUUUUAUUCUUCUGAGGAAGAAAAAGAUAAGCAAAUGGAAGAAGAACAAGAAGUAUAUAUAUUCUGGUGCUUUAGUGGUCUUAUGCAACGAAUCCAAUCCCAUUUCUGUAUUGACCAAAGUGGGAUGUCCAAUCAAUUAGCAAGGCUAAAACAUAUUGUGCAAGUUUUUGAUUCGAAUUUAGCCAAAUGGUUAGAGUCUAAAAGUCCAGAAUAUAUCUUUUGCUUUCGCUGGUUACUGGUGUUGUUUAAAAGAGAAUUCGUAUUGGAAGAUGUGUUGAAAUUGUGGGAUGUUUUCUUUUGUGAAACAUUCGCAAAGAGAGACCUAAACUUGUUUGUAGCAGCAGGUUUACUUGUCUUACAUCGAGAAAGAAUCAUAAGAGAACAAAUGGAUUUUGAUGACUUGAUUCGAUAUAUUCAUGAUAUGUCGUUGAGAAUUGAUGUUCACUUAGCAAUACGAAAAGGUAUCGAAUUACAACAAAGAUAUUAUACUCACCAAAAGGAAACUCUACAAGUUGAUAACUAACAACAGUUGUAUGGCAAGAAUACGAUUCCUUUUAGUGACAGCUCUUUCUCUCUC